UUACAUUCGUCACAUGAUUAAUGGAUGGUUUAGAAGAGGAAGAACGGAAAGGAGUGACUGUGAGAGAGAUUGUCGAUAUAUAUAGACAUGACAUAGAUGGAUAAAUAGAUGAACUACUAAAAAAAGCAAGCAGAAAGCAGGCAGAGCAGGUGGGUCGACUGCCGAUACCAAUGGAGCCAGAGUCUGGAAUUUCGCCGCCUCCGCACCCUUCUCAGCUUUCAUGGGUGAAUCUAUCCAGGAAUCUAGUACUAGCAUACCAAAGUUUUGGUGUGGUAUAUGGAGACUUAAGCACUUCACCUCUCUAUGUCUAUAGAAGCAUAUUCAUAGGGAAGUUGCAGAAUCAUCAAAAUGAGGAAGCAAUAUUUGGUGCAUUUUCAUUGAUUUUUUGGACUCUCACAUUAAUACCUUUGCUCAAAUAUGUGUUCAUCCUAUUGAGUGCUGAUGAUAAUGGUGAAGGUGGGACAUUUGCUCUUUACUCGCUGCUUUGUAGGCAUGCAAAGUUUAGUUUACUUCCCAAUCAACAAGCAGCUGAUGAGGAGCUGUCUGCUUACAAAUAUGGUCCCUCAAGACAGGUUGCAUCAUCUUUACCACUGAAGCGAUUUCUUGAAAAGCAUAAAAGGUUACGGACAGCGCUACUUAUUGUGGUAUUAUUGGGUGCUUGCAUGGUCAUAGGAGAUGGUGUUAUCACUCCUGCAAUUUCAGUUCUGUCAUCCGUAUCGGGGCUUCAAGUUACCGAACAUAAGUUGACUGAUGGCGAGGUGCUAUUGCUUACCUGUGUCAUAUUGGUUGGCCUGUUCGCUCUGCAGCAUUGUGGUACCCACAAGGUAGCAUUUAUGUUUGCACCAAUUGUUAUAAUCUGGUUGAUAUCAAUAUUUGCCACUGGGCUGUACAAUAUCAUUCAUUGGAACCCAAAAAUUGUGCGUGCUAUUUCUCCGUAUUAUAUUAUCAAGUUCUUUAGUGAGACUGGUAAAGACGGCUGGAUUUCACUUGGAGGGGUCCUUCUUUCCAUAACAGGUACUGAAGCUAUGUUUGCAGAUCUUGGCCAUUUUACCGCCUUGUCAAUAAGGCUUGCAUUUGCGUUUGUUGUAUAUCCUUGUUUGGUGGUACAAUACAUGGGACAGGCUGCUUUCUUGUCUAAAAAUAUAUCAUCGAUUCCUAACAGCUUCUAUGAUUCAAUUCCUGAUAUUGUAUUUUGGCCUGUCUUUGUUAUUGCCACUCUAGCAGCUAUCGUUGGGAGUCAGGCCAUCAUUAGUGCUACAUUUUCCAUUGUCAAGCAAUGUCAUGCCCUCGGUUGCUUUCCACGAGUUAAGGUUGUCCACACCUCAAAACAUAUUUAUGGACAGAUCUAUAUACCAGAGAUAAAUUGGAUCCUCAUGAUUCUUACUCUUGCUAUAGCUAUUGGGUUCCGGGACACAACUUUAAUUGGAAAUGCUUAUGGUCUUGCUUGCAUGACAGUUAUGUUUAUAACAACAUUUCUCAUGGCACUUGUCAUAAUCUUCGUCUGGCAGAGAAGCAUUCUAUUGGCCGCAGCAUUCCUUCUAUUCUUUGGGUUCAUUGAGGGUGUCUACCUGUCAUCUGCAUUCAUAAAAGUUCCUCAGGGGGGAUGGGUCUCUCUUGUGCUCUCUUUCAUCUUUAUGGUUAUCAUGUUUGUCUGGCACUAUGGAACUCGCAAGAAAUACAAUUUUGAUCUGCACAACAAAGUUCCAUUGAGAUGGCUUUUUGGCCUGGGCCCUAGCCUUGGGAUUGUCCGUGUGCCUGGGAUUGGCCUCAUAUAUUCGGAGUUGGCAACAGGAGUACCUGCAAUCUUCUCUCACUUUGUGACAAAUCUUCCUGCAUUUCACAAUGUGUUGGUUUUCGUUUGUGUAAAAUCUGUUCCGGUACCCUAUGUCUCACCUGAGGAACGAUUCCUCAUUGGGCGAAUUUGCCCAAGACCCUACCGUAUGUACCGUUGCAUUGUGAGGUAUGGGUAUAAGGACAUCCAGAGAGAUGAUGGAGAUUUUGAAAACCAACUCAUUCAAAGUAUAGCAGAAUUCAUUCAGAUGGAAGCAGUAGAACCACAGCUUUCGAGCUCAGAGAGUGCGUCUUUUGAUGGGAGGAUGGCAGUCAUAAGCACCAGAACUAUUCAAUCAAGCUCAAGCAUAAUGGUAUCUGAGGAAGAGGAUUUUGUUGUGAGCAACUCCAUCCAAAGCAGUAAAUCUUUAACCCUCCAGAGUUUGCGAUCUGCUUAUGAUGAUGAGAACCCACAGAUCAGGAGGCGCCAAGUGCGGUUUCAAUUGUCACAAAGCCCUGGAAUGGAUCCUUCAGUUAGAGAAGAGCUUUUGGACUUGAUCCGGGCAAAGGAAGCCGGGGUUGCAUAUAUAAUAGGGCACUCUUAUGUGAAGGCAAGGAGAUCAUCUUCGUUUUUGAAAAAGCUUGUAAUUGAUAUUGGUUAUUCAUUUCUCCGCAAGAAUUGCAGGGGCCCUGCUGUGGCGCUAAACAUUCCUCACAUUAGCCUCAUUGAAGUUGGCAUGACAUAUUAUGUCUAGUGCUUUAUUAGUGAACUAUUAUUCUCCAUCAAUCUUUGUGUAUUUGUGAAGUAGUAGACAAGUAGAGGUUGUUACUCACUUAUCCUUGCCAUUGGCAGGAGAAGCUCUGUAGCUGAAGGUAUUAUGGAUUAGGAUUAGUACAAUGCAAAUGGUCAUGAAAGUGCUUUAAUUAUUCUGUCUCACUUAUGUCGUAAUAUUCAUCUGACAGAUAAGCUUUCAUAUCAAACAAUGAUCAGAAGGUGCAUUUAAUCUGGAUUUUCACUUUUAAGAUUCA